AUGAGCCUCAUGGAUUCUCUUGGUAUUAUGUGGUUUCAACUAACUACAUUAACCAGUUUGAGGUCAUGUCAUAGUUACUAUACCCAAUCAGACGGCUGUUUACCAGUAUGGAGCUAUGGAUUGGAAAGCCUUCCACCAUUUCUGUUUUCUAACUUCCAAAUGCGUAUUAUGGAGGUUAAGUUGGGGCAGGGUUUGAAGAUUAUAAAGAUUUUCAAGGAGCAUAGCAGCAAGACAUGCAUACUGGAUGAUUCUUCUCUUCUAAGAGGUUCUACAGAAGACUAUUAUGGACAAGAAAGCUACUCAGAAACGGUCCCAGAAGCAGCAACUCAACCUAGUAGUGAUCUCAAGGUUGCUGCUGAGACAGAGGUGAAGAACAUUAGAAAGUUAGAGACUUUGAGCAUAUCUGAUGGACGAAUAUCUGAUGGCUUAGAAAGUUAA